UUGUACUGAAACUGUGUGCUUGUGUGAGGCUGUAUAUGUUGCUGCCUGAGCAGGAGAGGGAGAUAAAACAAGACUGAUAAAGAGAGAGAGUAAGGGAGGGACCGAGAGAGAGCAAGGGGGAAAGAGAGCACCUGCAGCACUCAUAGCAGACAUUCAGUAUAGUGUGGAGGUUAAUUAAGAGAAGGGGAAGCAAAAAGGUGAGAAGAUAUUAGCAGCUCUCAGCAGACUGAACUUGAGCGGUAAAGUGAAGCUAGUGAGUGAUCACACAGGGGGCAAGGCUGUCAACGCCACAAUGGUUUAAUAACUUCUGGACACCUGUUCUUCUGAACCAAAGAGCACUUUUGAAAGUAGUGAACACAUCUUUUCAGGUCUACUUUGCUGUUUUCUUUUCACACCAGUCAUGGCCGACCCUGCUUGGUGGAAGCUCACCUUCCUGAGGAAAAAGAAGUCAGAGUCGAAGGUCCAGUAUGAAAUACCACCCGAUUUCAGCACCAACAAUGCAAACAAAGACCUGGGCAACGAUGAUGCAGACAGCAAUUUAGAUGCCAGACUGGAAAAAAUAGUGGAUAAAUCUAACACCAAGGGCCGCCACGUUAAAGUCUCCAAUUCUGGGCGGUUUAAGGAGAAGAAAAAGAUUCGUGCGACUCUAGCGGAAAACCCAAGCCUUUUCCCCGAACCUGCUCGGACUGACAAGAGCCAUGUGGAAAAAUAACACCCAGACAAAGCACACCGUUAGAUGCACAGACUCAUUUAUACUCAUUAUUCUUUGAAAGGCUAUGUUGAUCGGAGUUAUGACUGAUACAGCAAAGAUACUGGAACAGAAAAUUAUUCUUUUUAGCAGCAGUACUUUAAUUGAAAUGCAACCCUGAGAUGAUGAUUAAGAAGUGAAUGUUUCCUGUUAAUCAUAAACACAAUAUUGUCAUGCUCAUAAAAUGCAUUAUUGUCACUGUGGGAAAAACAUGACAAGAAAGGCACAGAAACCUUAACUCUUCCAACUCUCAUUUAUAAAUCACAAAAUCGGUGCAUUUUUAAAUUUCAUGUGGAGAGUGGUCAUAAAUAUCUACAUUAUUGUGUAAUAACUCAUUUCAAACCCGUGGGAGACAGACUGUUGCACAGAUUUGCAAU